AUGAGCACCCAAGCUGCAACCGCUCAGAACCUAUCGUUCGUCCUCGAAGGAAUCCAUCAGGUCAAAUUCGAAGACCGUCCGAUUCCCGAAUUAAAGGAUCCCCACGAUGUUCUUGUGAAUGUCAGAUAUACUGGCAUCUGCGGUAGUGAUGUACACUACUGGGAACAUGGCUCAAUCGGUCAGUUCGUUGUGAAGGAACCUAUGGUCCUCGGGCAUGAAUCUUCUGGCGUCAUCAGUAAAGCUGGUUCGGCCGUCAAAACGCUGAAGGUGGGUGAUCAAGUCGCUAUGGAACCAGGUAUCUCUUGUCGUCGAUGUGAGCCUUGUAAGUCUGGCAAAUAUAAUCUUUGCGAAAGCAUGGCUUUUGCAGCCACUCCCCCUUACGAUGGUACCUUGGCGAAGUAUUACGUUCUGCCCGAGGAUUUCUGCUACAAGCUUCCCAGCCAGAUCACCCUACAGGAGGGUGCAGUUAUGGAGCCCCUCAGCGUUGCUGUGCACAUCGUGAAACAAGCAAAUGUCAGCCCGGGGCAGUCAGUUGUAGUUUUCGGAGCUGGCCCUGUGGGACUCCUGUGUUGUGCUGUGGCGAAGGCUUUCGGGGCUUCCAAGAUUAUCGCAGUGGAUAUCCAACCGGCAAGGCUAGAUUUUGCCAAAAAAUACGCAGCAACGGCAACAUUCGAGCCCGCUAAAACGCUUGCAGUAGCGAACGCAGACCGGAUGAAGGAGGAGAAUGAAUUAGGUUCGGGUGCAGAUGUUGUUAUCGAUGCUUCCGGCGCUGAACCUUCAGUGCACACUGGCAUUCAUGUUCUUCGCACUGGUGGUACAUAUGUACAGGGUGGGAUGGGCCGAAGCGAGAUCACCUUCCCAAUAAUGGCGGCUUGCACAAAGGAGUUGAACGUCAAGGGUAGUUUCCGCUAUAGCAGCGGAGACUACAAGCUAGCGGUUGACCUUGUCGCUUCAGGCAAAGUGAACGUGAGGGACUUGAUCACCGGUACAGUCAAUUUCGAAGAUGCUGAGCAGGCAUUCAAAGAAGUUAAAGCCGGAAAAGGAAUUAAGACUUUGAUUGCUGGUAUUGAAGCAUGA